AUGGAGAUCGCCGCCGGCGUGACGCCUCCCCCGGCGCCGGAGAAACCGAAGCCCGCGAGCCCGCAAAAGAAAGGGGGCGGGAACAACCAACAGAAGAAGGGCGGCGGCGGCGGCGGCGGAAACAGCAAGGGGGGCGACGCCGAGGGCGCGGGCACGAGCUCCGCGGAGGAGGUGAAGGCGCUGAGGAUCGCCAAGGUUGCGCAGCUCAGGGACGCGGGCGCUGAGCCGUUCGCGUACAGGUUCGACCGGACGCACACCGCGACGCAGCUUCAAUCGAUUCAUAAGGACCUCGCGGACGGCGCCGAGGUGGAGGGCACCGUGGAGGCGGUGUGCGGGCGGGUGAAGGCGAGGCGCGUGUUCGGCAAGCUCGCGUUUUUAUCCCUCGAGGACGACGGCGGCAGCAUCCAGCUGUACUGCGACAAGAAGCGCAUCGACGCGGUAACGCCCGGCGCGUUCAAGCGCAUCGUGGACCUCGUGGACAUGGGCGACAUCGUCGGCGCGCGAGGCACGGUCAAGCGGACGGAGAAGGGCGAGCUGUCCAUCGCGGUGGACUCGUUUGAGAUGCUCACCAAGUCGCUCCUGCCGCUCCCCGACAAGUUCAAGGGGCUCACCGACGUGGAGAUGCGGUAUCGACAGAGGUACGUCGACCUCAUCGCCAACCCCGAGGUACGGGACACGUUCCGCGCGAGAGCCGGCAUCGUCAGCGGCAUCAGGCGCUUCCUGGACGACAGGGCUUUCAUGGAGAUGGAGACGCCGGUGCUCGAGACUCGCGCGGGGGGAGCCGACGCGAAGCCCUUCAACACCUUUCACAACGCGCUCGGCAUGAACCUGACGCUGCGCAUCGCCACGGAGCUGCACCUCAAGCGGCUCGUCGUCGGGGGCUUCGAGCGCGUGUACGAGAUGGGCCGCAUCUUCCGCAACGAGGGCAUCAGCACCAGGCACAACCCGGAAUUUACCAGCGUCGAGGUGUACCAGGCGUACGCGGAUGUCUCGGACAUGCUCGAGCUGACCGAAGAGAUGAUCUGCUACUGCUGCGAGCGCGCCAACGGAGGCGCGCUCAAGAUUCAGUACGGCGACGAGCUGAUCGACUUGGGCCAGAGGCCCUGGCGCAGGGCGCCGAUGAACGACCUGGUGAAGGAAGCCGCCGGCGUCGACGUCAUGGGCGACUACGGCCAUAACGGCGACUUGGCCGGGGCCAAGGCGGCGGCGGAGGCCGCGCUUCGCGCGUUGGGCGAUAAGGAGUCCAUGUCGGGCAUCCCCGGGGUGCAGCAGGCGCCGAGCGUGGGUCACGUCCUGAACGAGAUGUUCGAGGCGACCGUGGAGACGAAGCUGCGGCAGCCCACCUUCGUGCUCGACCACCCGGUGGAGAUCUCGCCCCUCGCCAAGCCGCACCGAGCGAAACCCGGCGUCACCGAGCGCUUCGAGCUGUUCAUCGUCGGGCGCGAGCUGGCGAACUCCUUCAGCGAGCUCACCGAUCCCGUGGACCAGCGAACGCGCCUGGAGUCGCAGAUUGAGACGCACAGGUACGAAGCCGAGCUGUAUCCCAUCGCGAUGGACGAAGAUUUCGUCACCGCGCUGGAGUACGGCAUGCCGCCCACCGCGGGCAUGGGCCUCGGCGUGGACAGGCUGGUGAUGUUGCUGACGAACAGCGCGUCCAUCCGCGACGUCAUCGCGUUCCCCUUGCUCAAGAGCCAGGACUGA